AUGUAAUAACUUCCAACAUUAAUACCAUAUGAAGAGAUAUAUGAUUUAGAUGUCUUAUAAUUGGAAGAGAUAUAGACUAAAAUUAAAUGUUAAACUACAGAUGAUAUUCAAUGGAAUAAAAAGGCAAAAAAAAUAUUAGAUCUGAUAGAAGUUGAAAUUAAAGAAAGAUAAGCAAUUAAAUACUUUGCUUAAAAUAUUUAAGUUUAAGACUUUAUUUAAUAACCAAUCUAUUAAAACAAUGCACUUUAAACUAUUUUAAAUGAUAUUAAAUCUAGACCUGUAAAUUAUUUAGAUUAAUAAUAUUCUAAACCUCCACUUCCAAGAUAUGAACAAUCAAAAUAAAAUGAGCAUCCUUAAUAAUCUCAUUAAUUAUAUCAACAAAGUUACUUAAAAGACUCAUAAUAUAAAUAAGUCUAAUCUGAUGCUAUGUCCUUAAGUACAGUAACUAGAAGUAGUAAUGCUAAUACAAGAUUAUAAACUAAGAAACCAAAUUAAAUGUUGGAAAUGAUGAAAGAAGUCUUAAAAAAGACAGAAGUUUCAAAUCAAUAAUUUAUCAUUGGAGCUGUAAUUAAUCAUAGAUAUGUACCUCCUGCACCAAAGCCAUAAUUAUCAACUGUUGAAAAAAUUAAAUAAGAAAAAUUAUUAAGAAAAAAGAAAAAAUCUAAAAUAGACAAUAAUAAAUCCUCUAAUGAUCAUUUACCUGAAAUUUGUAACAAGUAAAAAAUCAUCACCAAAUCAUCAAUCUAAUAAUAAAUAGAUUAUUCAAAAAUUUAGUAAUAGACUCCCAAUAUUUGUUAAUAAUAACUAGACUAAAAUUUUAAUUAAAAUGAAACUCUAGAAAAAGAACCUUUGAAAAGAUAUCAAAAUAAUCAAAAAUAAUAAAUAAAUAAUAAUACAUUGAUAUCUAGAAAAUAAAUCUCAUCUAACAUUCAAAAGAUGGAUUUAAAAGAGGAAACUAACAAUGUCAAAUAAGUGAAAAAACAAUUAAAUAAAUCAAAUAUAAGUAUUGAAUUAAACAAAGAUUCUCAAAAUAAUAAUUGUGAAAAAAAUACCCAGGAAUUAUAAAGUAAAUUAGAUGACAUAGCAUAAUUAGAUGAUAAUGGAAAAUAAUACAAACUUACUUCUAAAAAUACUUCUUAAGAAAGAAUAAAAGUUAAAUAAUCCACACCCUUAUAAGAGCUUGCUUAAUUUUAAUAAAUUAGUUCUAUCUAAAAUCCAGAUUAAACUUAUGAUGAGAAGUCUAAAGAAUAGGAACAGUUUAAAAUUUCCAAUUUAUUAUUUUAAACAUAAAAUACAGAUAAUAAACAAUAAAAUUCAUAGAGCAACUAAAUUUAAAAAAAAAAUGAUUUAGAAAUUAUAAACAAUAAAAAUGAUCCUUAAUAAACAUUAAAUCAGAUAGAAUUGUAAAAAAAUAUCGCUUAAUUAGAACAACAAUUACAUAAAAAAUAAGAAAAUUAAAUAUAUGAAUAGUCCUAGGAUAAUUAUUAUUUGGACAGUUUUUAAUAAGAAGAUGAGCCUGUAUAGAGAAAUGAAGAUAGAAAAGAUUUAAAUAAAGAUUCUAAUAUAAAUUUUUCAUCUUUAUAAAAAAAGUAGGUGCUUUCUCAAUAGUAGGAAAAGUUUGAAUAAUAAUAAAACAUAAAUAAUGAAAUUAAAACAGAUGAUUCAAAUUAGAAAAAAGAUAAUUAAUUAAACAAUAAUGAAAAAUUAUCCAAAUAGAAUAUAGUAAUUCCUCAAAAAGCAUAAGUGAUAGAUAAUAAAAAUAUUUUACUUAAUAAUGAAGAGGAAGGUAAUAGUAAUUGAUUUUAUUUAGAAAUAAUUGAAGAUUAUAUUGAAGUGGAAAGUGAUAAUGAGAAAAUCAUACCAAUAAAAUAUAAACCAGUUAAAGAAUUAGUUGGAAAGGUUAUUGGUAGAAUUGAUUAACCAAAAUAUAAAGGAGUAAUUGAAAUUAAGUAAAAACCAGUCUUAACCGAUUAAGAAAAAUUAGAUGAAAUAAACUAACUUAGUAAAUAAAUGGGAUUAGACGAUUUUAAUUUAAAAUAAUAAUAAUAAUAAUAAUAAUAAUAAUAAUAAUAAUAAUAAUAAUAAUAAUAAUAAUAAUAAUAAUAAUAAUAAUAAUAAUAAUAAUAAUAAUAAUAGUAAUAGUAAUAAUAAUAAUCAUCAUCAUAAUAAAGGGAUACGUCUGAAUUAAUAGUUAAAAAAGUCUUAUAAUAAUAAGAAGUUAAAACUAAGAGUAAUAAAUCAAAGUAAAUUGAGAAAAUUUUAAAAUUUAUUGAUGAUAAAAAAUUAGAAGAUUAUUCAGAUAUUGUUCCUACAUUUUAAGAUUUAUUUAGUGGAUUCUUUAACCAUUAACCUCAUUAUAAUAAUUUAGAAGUGAUGAAAGAAAUUUACAGUGUGUUUUUUUAACAUAUUGAAAAGGUUGACAAUGUUGAUUCACUUUUAGGGAAGUAUAAAUCUAGUUCCUUAGUUAUAAAUCCAAAUGAAUUGGUAUACAUAAAUGAUCCUUAACGUUUGAUUUUAUAUUCGACUACAACUGGGGUUGACAUAUAAUAAUAUAUCUAAAGAUAGAUGAUAUUUAAUAAAAGACUUUAAAAUGAAGGUUUUACUUUAGGAAAAGAAGAAAGAUAUUUUAGAGUGGUGAAAACAAAAGAAGAGGUAUAUGGUAUGCAAAUUUGAUAAUCUAGAUAUAAUAACUAGAUCUUUUAUGAGAAAGUAAGGAUGGAGUGAACUACCACAUGGCAUAGGACUACGAACCUCAUGGAAUAUAUUAUGGACUUGGUCAAAGCCAUAGAUUGAUUUAAAUAAGUUGUUUUACUUUUAAAAAGUAAAUCAUUUUCCAUUUAAUAAAAAUCUUGGAAGGAAAGAUCUAUUAAAGAAGAAUAUAGAAAGAUGUUAAAAAUAAGGAGGAAAGGCAUAUUAAAUUUUUGAUAUUAUUCCUGCUACAUUUUUAUUGCCAAAAGAGUACGUUUAAUUUAUGGAAAAAUUUUAUAAAGAUUCUGAAUCAGAAGGCCAAUUAAAUAUUUGGAUUAUGAAACCAACUGGGAAAUCAAGAGGAAGAGGAAUAACAGUAUUAAAUGAUAUUUCUGAAGUUAUGUAUGCUGAACCAGUUGUAUUGCAGAAAUAUUUGAAAAAUCCUCUAUUAUUAAAUGGACAUAAAUUUGAUAUGAGAAUAUAUGUAUUAGUUACUUCAUUUAAUCCAUUGGAAGUAUUUUUAUAUAAAGAGGGAUUUGCUAGAUUAACAACUUAAUAAUUUAAUUUAGAUAUUAAUGAACUUAAAAAUUAAUUGAUACAUUUGACAAAUUUUGCAGUUUAAAAAACACAUGUUUAAAUUUAAGAUUUAGAAUAAUAAUUAGGAGGUUGUAAGAUUUCACUUAAAUAGUUGAAAGAGAAAUUAGAAGCUAAAAAUAUUAAUUGGAAUUAAAUUUGGGAAUAAGUUUAAGAAAUAAUUCUAAAAUCUUUAGUUGCUUGUUAAAUUGAAAUACCAAACAAUCCUAAUAGUUUUGAAUUAUUUGGUUAUGAUAUAAUUAUAGACACUAAUUUAAAGUGUUGGCUUUUAGAAGUGAAUGCUUCACCAUCAUUAUCUAGAGAUUAUUUAUUAGAUGAAUUAAUAAAAUAAUAAUUGAUUGAUGAUAUAUUUGAUUUACUAGAUUCUCCAAAAUAUGAUAGAUAAAGAUUAUGUGAAGUUUUAGAAAGAAGAAUUUAAGAAGAAUAAAUGAAUAAAACAUAAAAUAAUACAAAAUUAUAAUUACAAAGAGAUCUUAAUUAUAUUUUAAAUAGUUAGCAUAUUAGAAGAUAUGGAGAAAUACCAAAAAAUAUGGGAGGUUUUAUGAGAUUGGCACCUUCAGAAAAAUAUGAAAAACUUUAAUCACUUGUUCAAAAUCAAAAAAUUAUCAAUGGCAGAGGAACUAUUGAUUGA